AUGACGAGCGGCGAGGACACGCCUGGCAGCAGCUACCCCGACGCGUUACCUGACGCGCUGACCCCACCGCGUCCCCAGAUCGAGGUCCUCGAGAUAGACGCGUAUCCGCCCGAACUGGCGCCCCACGGCAGUAUAACGAAGGACGACAUUGCCGCCGACCCCAUCCUUCGCGACCUGGCCGAAGGCGAGAACCUUCGAUACUCGGGUCUCGGGCCACGCCUGAGCAAGUCGGCUGCCCUUCGCAUGGGCCUCAAAUGGGAAGAUCCGCGCGAGCACAGACGCGUGAGCGGCGAAGAGGUGCCCGUCAACUUUGACAAUGUGCCGGGUCAUAAGCGCGUUGGGCUUGCUCUGAACGUCUCGUCGCUCGCUGAGCCAAGCGUCGCACCACGCCUUAACCGCGCGGCAAUGCUGCGUGCUGGCAAGACGGUCGAGGAGGUCGAGGUCAAGGACCGUGCUGAGAUGGCCGCGAUCAACAAGGCGCGUGGGGCGGCUGAACGCGCCGAACGCCGCAAGUCUUUACCCCGCCCCACGUCCCUCCUCCUCCCCGCCCAACUGCCACGGCAGAACCGCGCCGCCCUCCUCCGCGCUGGCCAGAACUUAGGCAAGGCACGGCCCUACGACGCGCGCGAGAUGGCAGAGAACGCCGCGCGGAACAAGGCCCGCGAGGCUGCCGAGUAUGCCGAGCGCCGCCGCACCAUCCAGGUGCCCGCCAGUCUCAGCGCUCCUGCGGUUGCUCCCCGUGCUAACCGUGCGAGUCUCCUGCGUACUGGGCCUGAAAGCGGAGCCCCUCCUCGCCCGCCUAGAAGCAACAUGCGGCCGGUCAGCGCGUUGUCCAACACUUCGGCGUCGUCCCGCUCGACCUCGGGAAACAGCUUCAAGACAGCCGGCGAUCGCGCACUGGCAGGCAAGCUCGAGGCGGCGAACGCGGCGGCCGAAAAGGCCAAGGCCGAGGCCGAGCGCAAGGAAAACGCGGCGCGGCGGCGUCAGACUAUGGCUGCGCUGCCGACAGGCGAGGCGGCUGGUCCCGCCGCUCUUACCUACAACGAGGAGAAGGCUGCGGCAGAGCGUGCUGCGUUACGCCGCAUCGCAGCGAAGAGGGAGGAGGAAGCACGGCUGGCAGCUGAAAAGGCGGCACAGGACCGCGCGGACCGCGAGCGCAUCGAGAAGCGCCGGAGCAUGACACUGGGCCGCGCAACGGGCUUGAGCGCCGCGCAUGCGAUCAAGGAGGUUCCCGAACCCGAGCCAGAGUCCGAGACCGCCGAUGAGCGUGAGGCCCGCGAACGCGUCUUCCGCCGCCAAACCUUCGGCACCGCCCCGCCAAGUAUGGGUGUGGCGCUACAGCGCGAGUCGAUGGUUUCCGCCGAUAUGCGAAACCACGACUCGGUGCGUUCCCCAGAGAGGCGAAACAGGGACUCUCUCCGCUCUCUCAACAACCCCACCAUCCCUCCCCGCCCCAACCGCUCCUCCCUCCUCCUCGAACGCGACGGACAGGGGGUCGCGCUCUCCCGCAUAUCCUCGACGGCCAACACGCGUUCCCGGAGCGCCAGUAAUGCGGCCAGCGAACGCUCCGAUGCCGGAAUCAAGACGUCCUCUCCCAAAAAGCGCGCACCCAUGACCACGCCAUCCAAGUUCAUCGCGCCGCGUCCGGCACCCCCACCACCGCGCGGAAGACCCGUCAGCACGAUCAACUUUGCGCUCCCCGAGGUCCGGCGGGAGGAGAAGAAGACGGGGUUAUUGGGGAGAUUACUGAACCGCAACUCUGUCAUUGGGGCACCAGCGAGCCGGCCGGGCAUGGGGUCGAAUAAGCGGGCGAGCGUGAUCAGUGCGCCUAGUCCGCAGCUGUAG